GAUCUUUUAGUUUCACUAGUAGGAAGGACAUCAUAGAAAAAAGAAGGGAGAGACAAAUAUGGAAUUAUCAGAGCAUUUCAUUAUUUCAUUAUGUAAGCAAUUCAGCAAUGUUCAUCAACAUGCAUAUGGUGGGUCCCAAUUUCCCAGUUCGAGUUGCCGACAGCAUGGUUGUCAUGUACUUAACAGGUUUAUCAUGGAUGAAAUGAUAACUGCAAAGAAGUCAACUCAUAAUGAGGAGCAACUCAAAUUCCCAAAUCUUAUCAAUUCAGUGCAAAUUGUAACGGCAUAGGAUUCUCAAGCACUUUUUUAAACAAAACAUUCCCACAAAUUUUUUCAAGAUAGGCUAUGAUUAGGAGUGUGCCUAUGUGUCCUAUAAAUAUACUUUUUUUCUUGCUUAUAAAAACCCCCCCCUUGCCACAGCAAACAUCCUAUAAUUCCUAUUCACUUUAGCAUGCAUCAUCAGCUGAAGCUCAACAUGAGAAGACAAACUCCCAUUCAUCUUCUCCUUGUAUGGCUCCUGCUUGCAGCUUCUCAAUACCACUACACUAUUAAUGUUCAAGCUAUUGAAACAGUUCAGUUCAAGCACAAUUCUGCACAGCCUGGCUCAGGGUCGGGGUCCGGAACCAGAUAUGUUUUACCUACUUGGGUCAGUGGAAGGAAGAUCCAUAAAACUCCAUCAGGUCCCAACCCAGUAGGGAAUCAUCGCCCACCAUCAAAGCAAUGAACAUUUGAUGUACUUGUUCUUAACUUAGUAUGUAGAACUAAUCAGAUCAUUAUAUUUGUUGGAGGCUAGAAAGGAAGGUCAGUGUUAUUCAUGUAGGUCAUAAAAACCUCUCCUCUGAGGAAUGUGAGUGUACAAAAUUGGAAUUUUGAACAUUUGAAUUCUAGAAGCUUUUGUGCAUGA